CUGUCUGCUGUCCGCUAAAAGGAAUAAUAAACCAGGCUAUGCUAGCAGGACGGGCAGUUAGUUAGCAGCGAAGAGAGCAGCAAUACGGGGAAUGUAAACUCGGGUGGACAGCAGACACAAGACAUCAGCGGGUCUUUACCUCCAGCAAUGAAACCAUUGAGUGUCGCAGCUAGCUAACGAUAGCACCGCCCGUCCCGACACACGGGGAUUUGAUGUGUUUGUUAAAACAGGAGCGACGGUAAAUAAAAGGCGACAUCAAACGGGGAAAGGGUUAGCUUGGUUUCAAUGUUAUUGUUAAUUAAAUCUCACAUUUGGUCACAAUGUCCUGCUCUGGAAACCUGGUUUGGGAUGUAAAUAAACGCUUAAUUGGAUACAACGAGCCUAACACCAUCAGGACCAACUACUUAGGUAGAAGAGAGUUUGUCCAGAGGCUGAAGCUUGAAGGGACGCUGAAUGUUCACGAUGGCUGCGUCAACACUAUUUCCUGGAACGAUACGGGUGAAUACAUCCUGUCAGGGUCAGACGAUACAUUUUUGGUCAUCACCAACCCGUACAACAAAAAGGUCAAAAAGUCAAUACGUUCAGGUCAUCGAGCAAACAUCUUCAGCGCUAAGUUCAUGCCCCACACAAACGGUCAGGAGAUCGUCUCAUGCUCAGGAGAUGGCAUCAUCUUCUACACGCACACUGAAAAGAGUCCCGAGUACAACAGACAGUGUCAGUUCACCUGCCACUAUGGGACAGCUUAUGAGAUUAUGACGGUACCAAAUGACCCCUACACUUUUCUGUCGUGUGGGGAGGAUGGCACGGUGCGGUGGUUCGACCUUCGCAUGAAGACGAGCUGCACAAAAGAAGACUGCAAAGAUGACAUCCUGAUAAACUGUCGAAGAGCAGCAACCUCAAUAUCCAUCUCACCCCUGGUGCCGUACUACCUGGCUGUUGGCUGCUCGGACAGCUCGGUGCGGAUCUACGACAGACGCAUGCUGGGUACCAGAGCAACGGGUAACUACAUGGGCAGAGGGACGACGGGCAUGUGUGUGAGGUUUGUUCCCACUCACCUGUCCAACAAGUCGUGUCGGGUGACUUCUCUCUGCUACAGCGAGGAUGGUCAGGAGGUGCUGGUCAGCUACUCCUCCGAUUACAUCUACCUGUUUGAUCCCAAAGAUGACCAGGCCCGCGAGCUGAAGGGCCCGUCUGAGGAGAGGAGGGAGGAGUUGAGGCAGCCUCCAGUGAAGCGCCUCCGACUACGAGGUGACUGGUCCGACACGGGGCCUCGAGCUCGCCCUGAGAGCGAGAGGGAGAGAGACGGAGAGCAGAGCCCGAACGUGUCGUUGAUGCAGAGGAUGUCGGACAUGUUGUCCCGGUGGUUUGAGGAGGCGAGUGAAGCACAAAGCAGCAGAGGGACUCGGCCUCAGACGCGACCCAGAGGAACAGCUGCUCAUCCAGAGGGGCCAUCAAGCGCUCCAGCUGCCCCGGCAGAUGACUCAACCCAGGAGCCAAGCACCUCUGAGAGGCCCACAGGUUCAGAUGCACCUGAGGAGCCUCCUAUUGCUGCCGCUGCCGCCCCCAUCGCCAUGCCUGAAUCCACUUCCUCCUCCUCCUCAGGGUCCUUAUCAACUGUCACAGCUCCUCCUCCUUCCAGCUCCUCAUCAGUAGAGAGUUCAGCCCCUUCCUCCUCCCCGCUCACCUCCUCGCCAGACUCGGAGCAAAGGAGUCAGGCAGACAGCACCGGAACUCCCACGCCAACACCCACGCCCACCUCCGAGCCGCCACUGUCAGAGUACGGUCCUCACCGGCUGCCCAUAAGUUUAGUGUGUAGGCGUUUGCAGAGGUUACUCCGACUGGCCGACCCACCAGGACGGGGUCAGCGAGCGGCCCCUUCUUCUUCCUCUUCUUCCUCUGCAGCUCCUGAGAGACAAAGUGCCGCUGAUGCUGCUGCUGCUGAGACGCAAACCCCUACAGAUUCCCCCUCGUCUGUGGUAAACAAACAGCUGGGAUCCAUGACUCUCGAUGAACAGCAGGGAGCAGCAGAAGCUGCAGGUCAAUCCACAGAUCAGCCUGUUUCUGCAGCAGUCAGCAGCGGUACUGAAACCACCUCCACCUCCACACCCACCACCUCCACCUCCACACCCGCCACCAGUCGGCCCAGUGCAGCAGAGCCAGUCCUCAGCCUGCACUACAGCUCAGAGGGAACCACCACCAGCACCAUCAAGCUGGACUUCACCGAUGAGUGGAGCAGCAGCACAUCCAGUUCUAUGGGCAGUGGAGGACCCAAAACAUCUGAGACUGUACAAAGCAAAGAAAGUGCUUCUACAGAGACUUCCCUGACAGAGCAAGCUUCGUCAGAGUCGACGGGACAGCAGAAGAGUGGGACAGCUUCUGUGGACCCACCCUGUGACGCUUCCUGCUCCAGCGCUCACACAUCAGCUCAGGCCCCAGCAGGGAGCUCUUCAGAGGUGUCUUCAUCACGGGAGCGAAGCCAGGCGGUGGGUACGGAGGACACAACAGGAGGCUGCAGGAGAGCAGAGCCCACAGGGGAGGAGGGGGAGGAGGGACAGAGCCAACCUGCACGAGGCAACCAGGAUUCUGAUGACAGCGAUGAUGAUCCCAUUCUCAUCCCUUCAGCCAGGUUCAGAGGACAAGGACAGAGAGGGUCUGCUGUAGGAGAUAGGAUGAUCAGACGCUCAGCAGCCGCUCGAAUCCAGGAGCUGUUUCGCAGGAGGAAAGAGAGGAGGGAGAUGGAGGAGAGUGAGACGCAGAAUAUCAGGAGACCUUCGGUCAAAAUGGUUUACAAAGGUCAUCGCAACUCAAGGACAAUGAUAAAGGAGUCGUGUUUUUGGGGCAACAAUUUUGUGAUGAGUGGCUCAGACUGCGGUCACAUCUUCAUCUGGGACAGACACACCGCAGAGCACCUCAUGCUGCUGGAAGCCGACAACCAUGUAGUGAACUGCCUGCAACCCCACCCCUUCGACCCCAUUCUAGCUUCUUCAGGGAUAGACUAUGAUAUCAAGAUUUGGUCACCACUCGAACAGACGCCAUCUUUCAACAGAGUCCUUGCUAAUGAGGUGAUAACCCGCAACGAGCUGAUGCUCGAAGAAACCAGGAACACAAUCACAGUCCCGGCCUCGUUUAUGCUCCGAAUGCUGGCCUCCCUCAAUCAUAUCAGAUCAGAUCGAAUAGAAGGAGAUCGCUCUGAAGGUUCUGGCCAGGAAAAUGAGGAUGAGCAGUAGCCUGCUGACAUUUUAUUUUGAAGAAGACUAUUUCUUCUUUUUGCUGUAUAGCACUUGGAAAAGAAACCCUGAGAUUUGUACAAGUUUAGUGUAGAAUACUUCUUUUGAAAUUUAGUGUAAUUUCUAGCCCCCUUGUGUUUUUUUAAGACGACUUUCUUACUGAUGUUUCUGUAUGAGGAUAAACUACUCGGUGUAAAUGCAAAAGGCAAGGACGUCAGUAUAUAUAUAAAUAUAUAUAUAUAUAUUAUUAAGUGUGAGAAUAAUGGUGGCUGGUGUGAAAGGAUGUUAAGUGCAAUAUUAUUUGUUAGGAGAGAGUAAGCUUCGAUCAGUGUUAACGUGUGACUUUUUGAAUUUGUAGCACAAAGCUAAGAGAUGUUGAUGUGCUGCCUGGCAGUUACACAUGACAACAAGGACUUCAAGUGAAACACGCUUUGAGAAUGCUUUAAUCUUAUUGUCGAGGAAACUCAAACGGGACAAGCUGUGGCUCUUCUGACAGGAACUCGUCAAUAAAUUAUAAACUUUACAGAAAAUCUGACAAUAAAUGAAGCUUUGGCAUCUCACCAAAGUCUGCACUUGAGCUUGGAAGCUUUUCUUCACUCACUGGUCCAACAAAGGGUUAACUCAGCAGAUAAACUCACUUCAACAAUAUAUUUUUGCAUUUUAUACUGUGUGCUGGAGUUUGCUUGCAAUUCUUGAUGGAAAAUUGUCUUUGUAACUUUAGUUUUACAAACUUUCCUUAUUUCUACCAUGUAAAUAACACAUUGCAUUGGUUAAAUACAUGAUACUGAAAGGUGUUGAAGUUUUAAAAGGUGGACAUUAAUCUGUCUGAUAUUGCAUAAACAGGGUUUUCAUCAGCUCUUUGGCGUUGAUCUUAUAAACAUUUUGAAAUAUUUGCCGUUAAUAAAAUGGUAAUGUGA